AUGUUUUCAAAAAAAGUGGUGAUUGUGACCGGAUCGAGCAGUGGGAUUGGCAAAGUGGCCGCUCGACUGUUUGCGAGGGAGGAAGCCAGUGUGGUGCUGCAUGGACAAAACUUGGAGAGACUACAGGUAUGCUGACUAUGUCUUUCAUGGAGGGAUAAAAUUUCAUCACUAAAAUUACAGUAAAGGACCUGAUCCAGUGGCAAAAAAACGUACCAUUUUGCAUCCGGGAAUUAUCAAAAAUGUGGCAAAAUGCUUCCCUCUCCAAGCGAAUAAACUUCGUUUUGAAGGGCCCUCACAAAAGAGCGGGCAUUUUUGAAAUCUGAAUUUUUCACUUGGAGAGGGAGGUAUUUUGCCACAUUUUUUGAUACUUCCCGUAUGCAAAAUGGUAAGCUUUUUGCCACUGGAUCAGAUCCCCCACUGUACUUUAGCAAGCCGAAAGCGAACUCAAACAGCACCAUCCGUCAGCAAAAACCGUAACAGUCUCAGGGCCGAUUCAAGAUGAAGGCACUUGGAAUAGAAUUGUCAGCAGUGCGAUUGACACAUUCGGGAGAAUCGACGUUCUGCUGAAUAACGCCGGAAUAAGUGAUGACGGAAAAGAUCCGAAUGGCCUAGAAUGUUUCCAAUACUGUAUGGACGUGAAUGUAAAGAGGUUCGUUUUGGAGGCUGAAUAUUUUGAGGCAGCGGCCAGUAAAAUGCAUAUUUAGUAGAUAUGAUUAGAUUAAUCGGGUCCUGGAAUAGUUUAUAAUCUAUUUUGAGGUAUUUUACGUGUACGUACAUCAAUAAUAUCUAGAUAUAGAUAAAAGUUACGGCUCUUCGUUUUUUGACGCAAAUUUUGAGGGGUAAAGAAAACUAACGUUAGUAAUCGCUAAAAUUAGAAAAACUGGACAUUUAUGCAACUCAGAGACAAGAAAAUCGAUGAGUACUGCUUUGACCCGCCCACAAAAACUUCCUAAACUGAUUAUCGCCUGUUUUGAUCUAUGACUUUUCAGCGUCAUCGGAGUGACAAGAGCAUGUCUUCCUCAUCUCAAAAAAACCAAAGGCACUGUUGUCAACACCAGUUCCGCGCUGGCGCGAAAAAUUCAUCCCGGCCUUCCGAUGUACUCGGUGAGCAAAGCCGCCCUAGAGCAUUACUCUCGGCAUGCCGCGUACGAAUAUGCCCCGUUCGGGAUUCGAGUGAACUGUGUGGCGCCCGGCUUGAUCGAGACCAAGUUCCAUUCUCGUGGGGCGGCCGCGGCUCCGGUUGAAGCCAAGGCCGAUGCGGAAGAGGUGCCGUUGCAAAGAAUGGGGAAUCCGGAAGAAAUCGCCGAAGUCAUGGUGUUUUUGGCCAGCGACAAGUGCAGUUAUGUCACUGGAGAGGUGGUUCGAGCCGAUGGAGGGUUAUUGAUUAUGCCGUAA